GGCGACGAGCGAUACCUCCAGCAGUUUCCAGAUGCUGAUUUCGUGUUUGACGAGAUGGUGCCCGCCAUCGAGGAGUGGUCUUCGCAACGACCGAAGUGGGAGGUUGCCGGGCGUUUCACGGAGUUGGGGUUCUCCAUGGGCGUCGCGCAGAGCGUGGCCGAUCUCGCCAACUGCCCACAACUGGAGGCGCGGGGGAUGUAUGUGGACGCAGGGGAUACGCUGGGCGGGUCGUUCCGGUCGCUGGCGACGCCGAUACAACUGACGGCGUGCCGGGCUUCGGAUGUGAGCGCCCCGCCAAAACUCGGCGAGCACAACGCGGAAAUCCUUUGCACCCUCGGCGGACUGACGCGCGAGGAGCUGGCCGACCUGCAAGAACAGGGGGCGGUAUAAUCGUGCCGGCUGUGGUAAUCUGGGCGCCAAUAAUCCUGAUUAGGAGGGCGAAUAAUGUGUGCGAUGUUGAAGAGCCGAAACGGGUUGACGAUCACGACCAACUCGCCGGCCGCGGCUGACCGGUACCAGGAAGGGCUGGACCUGGUUCUGUCGCAGAACUACGGCCCGGACGCCAAGCUUCAGGAGGCGAUCGAAGCCGACGAAGGCUUCGCCAUGGCCCACGUAGCCCUGGCUUACGUCCUGCAUCUGCAGAUGAACGUGCCGGCAGCGCGGGAGGCGGCGACGAAGGCGGUGGAGCUGUCCGCGGGUUGCUCCCAGGAAGAACGGCAGGUCGCCAGGAUCGUGCACUGCUUCACCCAUGGAAAGGGCAUGGAGGCCAUCGGGCUGGUGCACGAGCACCUGGACGAAUUCCCCACGGACACUCUGGCCCUGCGGGUGGGACAGCGCCUGUACAUGCUGGGCUGCUUCGGCGCCGGCGUGCCCGACUUCCCCAAUCACCUGAUGGCGAUGAUGCGCAAGGUGGCGCCCGCCAACGGCGACGAUUGGGCGUUCCUGGGGCAGUACGCCUUUGCUCAUCAUGAAACCAACCAGCCGGAAAAGGCCAUGGACCUGGCCACCCGUUCGCUGGAAGGAAACCCUCAGAACGCGGUGGCGUCUCACUCGGUGACCCACUCGUACUUCGAGCAGGGUGACGCGGCGAACGGCGGAAGGUGGCUGAGCGACUGGCUCGAUGGUUUCGACCGGCGGGCAUCGUACAACACGCACCUUUCAUGGCACCUCGCGCUGUUCGAACUGGCGCAGGGGCGGUACAGCCAGGCGCUGGACCUCUACGAAACGCACAUCCGCCCCGGCGUGCAGGCGCGCAACCUGUCGAACCUGCAGGACGCGGCGUCAUUGUUGUGGCGGUUGCAGAUCUACUCGGGCGAGCAGCCGGCGAAGCCCUGGGACGAGGUGCGGGACAUGGCGCUGCCGGCUGCCGACGGCCCCGGCGCGGCAUUCCGCGACUGCCAUGCGGCCCUCGCUUUCGCCGGCGCCGGAGACGCCGAAGCGACGCAGAAGAUGGUGGACCGGCUGACGGCGCAGGGCGAGAAGGGCGACGACCUGUCUCGCGAGAUGACCUUGCCCAUCGCCCUCGGCGCGGCGGCGUUCGUUGCCGGAGACUACGACGAGGCGGCGGACCUGAUGGGUCCGACCUACCCCGUGCUGGCGCGUAUCGGCGGGAGCCACGCCCAGCGAGAGGUGUUCGAGGACACCCUGCUGGAAACGUACAUCCGGGCCGGCAGGUACGACGAUGCCAAGGGGAUGCUGGACGAAAGACUGUCCCGGCGUUCGUCGGUGCGGGAUACCUACUGGAUGGGCCGGCUGGAAGCCGAGGCCGUGCAGGGGAACCCCGACGCGUCGCGGCAACUGCUGGCCCAGGCGCGGGCUGCGUGGGCGGACACGGCUGACGAAGCCGCAGCGGAGAUCCAGCGAUUGUCGAUGGCGGCGGACUAA